AUGCCUAAAGUGGUAUCCCGAAGUAUUGUGUGUUCAGAUACAAAAGAUCAAGAAGAAUAUAAUGAAACGAAACCGCUUCACAUUUACUACUGUAUAUGUGGUCAGAUGUCCUUAAUAUUAGAUUGUACGAUAGACAGGUUACCUUUACGACCAACAGACGGAGCGAGAGUCAUCGAUGGAUCAAAACACGCUCAUAAAAUAACAGCAGACACCGACGAAACAGUAUAUCUAAAACGCGAAAAGGGUAUUGAAAAACAAUUCAGAUUAAAGUGUAAAAAAUGUUCCAUCCCCAUAUACUAUAAACACGAACAGGGUAACAACAUAGUGUUUAUUAUGGAGGGAGCGCUAGUACAAUCAGUUGCUGAGGGAGCAGUUACAGAUAUUUACAAGCAAGUAGCCCUCGCACAGCCCAAAAAGAUCAUGGUUACAAAACAUACUAAAAACAUGGGCAAGUUCAGUAGUGUUACCGUGUCGACUAUAGACGAGGAAGAAGAUGAAAUUGAGGCGAGGGAGGUAGCUGACAGUUACGCCAAUAAUGCUAGGAUAAUAGAAAAACAAUUAGAACGGAAAGGUAUGAAUAAACGACAAGCUGAAACACCUUCUCAUAGUGCCUCGGAGAAGAGAGUUAGAGGAACAUUAAUAGAUAAGUGA